CGCUCUGGCCGCGCUGCGAGAACUACAUUUCCCAGGGUACCACGCGGCGGCCGGGCGCCGGCGGCCGGUGCCGGAGGGGAGCGCUGAGGCGCGGGGGACGGAAGGUGUCUGUGGUGCCCGGCAACGUUAUUUCGCCUCAGAGCGGUUAUUUACCUGCCCGCUCGCUCAGAGGCAGCUGCCUCUGAAACGUGCUGCCUUGAGGUUCCCCGUGUCCGUUUAAAGCGACGGGUUGCUGUGGUGUGGUGCUUGGUGCCGAUGCUUCCUGCAUCUCAGCGAAACUUCUCUGCCUUGUUUGUAUAAACCCAGCAAAAGAGCAUGUGCUCGGGCAGGGCUCGUCACAGUCUGACUUCCAGUCCUGUGCUUUGGCACUUGUCUUCGUGGUGUUGCAAGGAGCAGGAUGUAUACUCUGUUGUCUGGACUCUAUAAAUACAUGUUCCAGAGGGAUGAGUACUGUGUCUUGAUCCUUGGUUUGGACAAUGCUGGUAAAACAACCUUCCUUGAACAAACUAAAACUCGAUUUAACAAGAACUACAAAGGGAUGAGUUUGUCCAAAAUCACAACCACUGUAGGCUUAAACAUUGGUACUAUUGAUGUUGGCAAAACUCGGCUGAUGUUCUGGGAUCUUGGAGGACAGGAAGAGCUACAGUCCCUUUGGGACAAGUAUUAUGCUGAGUCUCAUGGAGUGAUCUAUGUUAUUGACUCCACUGAUGAGGAGAGGCUCUCAGAAUCUAAAAAAGCUUUUGAGAAAGUGGUUACUAGUGAAGCUCUGGAAGGGGUUCCCAUUCUGGUAUUAGCUAACAAGCAGGAUGUAGAGACCUGUCUGUCAAUACCUGAUAUCAAGACUGCAUUUAGUGACUGCAUUAACAAAAUUGGAAAGAGAGAUUGCCUGACACAAGCCUGCUCUGCUCUUACUGGCAAAGGAGUGAAUGAGGGAAUUGAAUGGAUGGUGAAGUGUGUGGUGAGGAAUAUUCACCGACCCCCGAGACAGAAGGACAUCACGUAAGAAAUUCCAAGUUAGCCAAGGAAUGGACACCCUCUUUCCACGCAGUUUCCUGUUCUCUUUAAAGAAGAAGGUCCACAGGAUUCCUCUUAAACCUGAUUCUUUCCUAAGUUUGUUUGGAGACAAACAUUCUCUUUCUGUGUCUAAAAAAACUUAAGCAAAGGAUUCUAACUGUGAGGAAAAAAAAAAUCCCUUGCAUUGUGUAUUAAGUCAUUGGCCUGGCAGCAUAGACUUCCCAAAGGCUGAGUGGCAAUCCACACUUUGUUGCAGAUGCAAAGGACUUAAUUUUCUACUGUAUUGCUUUGUGAUUCUUGGUCUGUUAAUCUAACAGGGGCUAGAGGCCAGUGAAGUGGAACUCUCCCUUGGAGGAACUGGAUAGGUGAAUCUGAAAGGGGAGAGGGAGCCUGGGGGGUGACUGUCCUUUUAACUGAGGUGAUAUCUCACUGUUCCAGCCCCAUGGUUACUGCAGGUGGUGUUACUAGCCCUGUUAUGCUGUUGUUUGUAUAAUGGGAAGAGACGAUGAUGAUUAUAACUCAAUUUUCAGUUGGCACGUUGAUUCGUGACUUUUAUCUGUGGUAAAUGCAGAUGUGGAAGCCAGCAACUGCACAAUGGUAUGCUGCUUAUAAUGGGUAUUCUUAACAGGACGUGACCUUCAGAAGCACUGCUGGUAUCUGUUGUGCAGUCUCUUUAAUGGUAAGAAUAAUUGAUAUCUUCUGUAACCAGAGGGAAUCGAGGUCCUCUCUGUACUUUCUGGGCUGAAAGCUGAACCUCUAGGCAGGGAGAAAUCAGUAUGCAAUAAAGCUUCCUACUCCUUUAAA